AUGAGAGGGUCGCAAUGGGGUUUGUUUUCACAUAUUGACCACAUAUUUGAAGUGAUUGACUCGGAGCUGACAUUGAGUGCGCCUGUAAAUGAAAACGAACCGGUGGAACUUGCAGAAGAAAUCAUAACAACAGUAAUUAACCAAGCAAUUGAGGAAGUUGGAGAUGCCAAUAAUUAUCCGAAAAUUCGUUUAGCUGUUAAGAAGAUACUCGAGGACAUUAAAAAAAUACCACAUGUAGAAAUUGGAAAGGCUGAACACAAAUGUGUAAUUUUGAGAUUUAGGUGUACAACAUAUAAAGCUGUAUUAGAUCUGUUGUUGUACAUGGAGAGCGAAAUGUACAAGACCCGUUUAGAUGCAUUAGCAAAUGCAGUCAGUACUGAAAUGUUUGACAACCCUUCCAGUUGUAAACUGCAUGCAGCUGUUGUGACAGAAUGUCUGACUACUAUAUUGCACGAGCUCAGAGCUGAAUCUUCCAAAUCCAUGCAACACAAGAAAACAAUAAAAUUGCCUAUCAAAUUGCAGACAGUAGAAGGGUUUGAGAAUAUUUGGAACAUAUUUGAGGGCAAUGGCGCUUUGGAGCAAUUCCAGGAAUUGUCGGAUGCAAUUUCAGAACACCUUGAUACUAAAAUAACAGUUACACCAUCACUUAACAUUGACGCUUUAAUGACCUCAGCUAGUAUGACGAUAGCAGAGUCACAGAUUGAUUCCCAUGCCGACAUAGCUUUCAUAGAACCGAGUGAAGCACAAAAUCAAGAUACGAAUUUUAUCUUUGAAUACGUGAGGAAAACUAAAGAUGAUGACAGUGCGAUAGGAGGGAGCAUUAUUACAAGUCAGUCAAACAAGCCUUUUUCAGUUUCGGAAGGAUACGUUCCAGCUGAACCACGCUUAGGAGACUUGAUCCAAAUACAAAUGGAGAGCGACGAGAUUUAUAUAGGACGCUGUACUGUAGGUCCUAUUGUUUCAGUCUCGGAUGCUGAGGAAAAAUGUUUCAUUACAGUAGGCAACAAUCCAGGUGUUUUGAAUAAAGCAAACGUACACGUCAGCAUUGAUGAAAAUCCAAUGAGGAUGUUAGCAUGGGACUCAACUUACGGUACCGUUUUAGUAGCGCCUGACCUUGGAACCCAAGCAGAAGCAACUGCUCUAGGCAACGCUAUGGCGGCAAAUGCAGAAGAUCUUGGUGAUGCGGCAUCUGCACAUGUGAAUCUCUCAGGGUUGAGGGUUUGUAAAAUUGGGGCAAAAACGAAAUUAACAGAAGGAAUGAUAAUUGGUUCUGUUGAAAACAUGAUAGUUGGAGGCACUCAAGAGGCUCUUAAAAACGCUGUAUACGUUGAAACACUGCCAGGUGCUGACGAUCACCCGUUUGCAAGUACCGGCGAUGCAGGGGCAAUGGUAUAUCACGAAAAGAGCUACGGGUCUUUUAAAUGUAUUGGGGUUCUGCUCGGAGAAAAAAUAAGGAUAGAUGCACACACUGAAUAUUUUGUUGUCAGACUUAUCGACGAUAUUCUUCAAGACUUUGAGAAACGUCUUGGAAAGCAGAUAACUCUUGAUUAUUCAACAAUGAAGGAACAAAUUCUCUCAACAAUCGAGGAACACGGCCAUGAGAAUUUGUUUCUUGAUUAAUACUCCCAAAAUGAUUUUGUUUAUACGACUUUUGUAAAAAAGGAAUUGUGCUCACUUGAAUCAAAGGGACCACCACAGCAAAAAAUAGAAAAUCCGUUCAAAACAUUGUUCGUAUAAAGAACUUAAGGUUUAGGAGUAAUACAUCAGAAUACAGAAAUAUUUGAUAAACGAACAACAUAUUUACCAAUGUUUUAUUUGACAAUUACAUGUACUUCCGUCCUGUCCCGUACAACGGAUACUAAAUCUAUUCUAAAAAAGUAGUUGUUCCCCUUUAAAAAUGAAUGUCAUUUGUAAAGUAAUAAAACUAAACAAUUGCUGCAAAUUACGUUCCACUUAGUUAUGUGAAAUUUAAACACUUGUACGUUAUUAAAGAUGCAUCUAAAAAGAACAUAUGUAACAGUUCUUUGGAAACGGUGCGUUUUUAAAGGAGGUUACAUGUGGCCCCUUUAUGCAGUACUUUUCCGGAAUGCAAUGUUUAUAUCAGUAUACUGACACUUGUUUCGUGGAAUAAUAUACAUGUUUUACAUGCUGUUUAAUGUUCGUGUGAAACAACUCUUUCUUUCUAUGAGUUGGUGUUGUUUGAAUGUUUUUUCUCUAAACUUAAGGCUAAGCGUUAAUGAACCUUGACAAAAAUUGGUCUGUAAUAUUUUAUGAUCCUCUAUAACAAAAAAACUAUUUAAACUGUUCAGCUUUGUCCUUCUUAGGGUCUGUAACAUCCUCGUCUUCUUCUUUGAAAUGUUUUUCUUUACGUAUGUGAAUCGCUUGUUAGAUCACCACUUCACCUCUGGUCUUUAGCAUAUUUGUACAGUCAUCCCUCUGGUUUGUUCCAAUGAUUUGGUUUGGUCACUUUAAUGUCAUAUGUCGGUAUUUCUAUAUACUAGUAA